CACCACGCGGAAUCAACUCUGACGGCAAUGACCGCCAUGAUGUGGAGAAGCAGACCAGCGGAGUUAUCUGUUCACUGUUCGUUUUAAAAAGAUAAUUGUCCAGGAUGGAUCUGAGGUGGAUGCCCGGCUGUCUGAUGGUCUUCCUGGCUAGUUUUUCGCAUGGCUGCGGGAAUUUGCGACGAGAGUUUCAGAGCCAACGUGGAGCUCUGCAUCCAGCAUGUGGAAGACUUCCUGACAUUUAAACCAGAAAAAGUUACCAUCUUCUCCGAUGCCGAUGCAGCGGAAGUUGUUUGCAGACAAGGUCUGGUGAACGGCAGCACCGCCUGCCUGGAGGUCCAGUACGCCCAGUGUCCACGGGUGGCUGUCUUCAGAACGCAGUGUGGAUUCCAGACCCUGGAGCCAGACCUCAUGAGGAAGCACAAUGAUGUCGUCUGCAACAAGCUUCAAGCUUUACAGAGGGACAUGACAUGUUUGUUGGAGCGACAAUGUGCAAUGGAGUCAUGCAUGGCCAACUUUGAUCAGUUGAAUCCAUCCGGCCUGUCAGCGGGUAUGUGGAAGACACCCAAACAUUCAGGAAUUUGCAGACUAUACUCGUACACUUGGCACUGUCUUGAGAAAUCCAUUGUCAGCGAGUGUCAUCAGGACUCGGAAGCCGUCCUGCUGGACCUCAUGCGGCUGUACCGUCCUCCAUCCUGCACUGAGGACGAGGUUGAAGAGUGGAAAAAGAAGUUUCGCUCCCUCAGCGCCAUCGCCAACACCUGUGUACCAAGUCCUACCUACAUCUCCGGACUCUCUGUCCUUCUCUGCUUCCUUUUAUGGAGACCAACUUUUUAGACUGACCUGGGAGUAAAUGAAGAGAAAGAGUUACAAAUUUUGUGAACGAGAGAGAAAGAGGAGAAUAAUGGAUGCAUGGAUAAGCUGAUCUCACGUGAGGCUUGAAGUGAACAGGUAGAUGGAUUGACAUGUCUCUGUGAUGAGAUUAGUGCCAGACUUUUCACCUGUAACCCCAGCUCCCUCCCCAACACCCUUCACCGCAAAAACAGACUUGCUGUCAAGGAUGAUUGCCUCCCUUAACCAGAACCUUCGGAUUUUUAUCGCGGCUUCUCUCCUCCUGACAGAUUCGUCUGGCGCUGGACACGGAAUGGAUGUCCAACCUGUCGAGACUGGACAAGGUGGCGUUUGUAUGUUGUCCUCAGGAAUCGAAUGAAUGGAGAUUCGUCCCUUAGCUCAUAAACAAUUGAUUGCGAGGGAGUCUCUCCCCCCUGACUGUUGCCACGAAGUAGCAGGAGUGAACAAGUAUUGCCUCCCCCUUGAAUCCGUUCGUGAAGCUUCUGAAGUUACUCUUCACGAAGGGAAAGAGGUCACGUGGUCAGCAUGGAUACAAAGUUAUUGACUCUCUAAUGUCUUCUUAGCCGUUCUCUACACAAUGUCUGGCUAAUUAUUUUUUUUACAUUCUUAACCUGAUCACUUAUGCAAAAUAAAUAAAUAAAUCGAGUCUUUGAUGAUAAAGUAGACUAAAGAACCGAUCUCUAAAAGGGAGGUUGGACAAAUAGAGUGUAGGUCCAGACACGAAGGCGACUUUCAUGGGAUCCUUUAAAAGCUAGUCUAGUCUCUGGAACUGGGUAACAUUAGCGACAAAGUGUUGAUAAGUUGAUAAAACAGCAAACAGCUUAGAGAGUCGACAUCAUCAAAGGUUGCCGCGGCAGCUCGAGAUGAGUGUUGGGACAAUCAAAAUGGCGGGUGUGAUACAAGACCACUGAUGGUCAUCGAAGUACAGUCAAAGUUCAACAUUCACAGGUUUCACUUUUGAGGUUUUGGACUGUUGUUGUGUUUGCUUUCAGUCAUUAAAUACGAACUUUGAGGUGUACUGACCAGUCCACUUCUAGACCAUCGUAAACCAGUUCUUCCUCCGACCUCCUUUCAAAGUACUUAAAGGAUUUCUUCGACAAGGGGUCGUGCCGGAUCACGUGGCCAAACCAGACCCGCUUACGUGGCUUGAUUGUCAUUGUCAUUGACUAUUGCAAGUAGGAACUGCAAGUGUCCUACCAGUGUAGCCCCAUGCCUCGUAAAAAAAUAAUAAUAAUCAAGUUUUGGACUCUCUGCACUAACAUCCGGAACAACCUCCUCUGGCACGUUCUCUAUUGUCUGGAUUUUUGCCUGGAUUCUCCUCUCUGUAUCCGCGAGCAGAGUCUUGUUUUCACCUCCAUAAAGAAGAUUUCGCACUACGAGGACUUGUACACAUUGUACUUCAUUGUAAACCUGUUGUGGGUGCAUCAGACCCUGUCCAGCCUAGCCUUUGCCAAAGUUGUUGUCGCGAUCGUGAUGAGGAUGUAUGUCGUGAAGCAACCGUCAUCGUAGAGGCUGGCUCCCAAGUAUUAACUUACAUGUCGGGAUGUUUACCUCCCCAAUCCUUUAUUUGGUUUCGGAAAGGGUGUGGGAGCCCCUGCUUGCAUAGCUGUAAAUUGCGUUAAAAAAUCAGUGAAGAUAAGAGAUGAUGGUUCGAAUCUCGUUUCCGGAGCAUGUUUUUUUUUCUUCCUGGACACGACAACAAUGUACAGACAGCAAGCUCUCCAGUGAUUUAACCCUUCUUGUCGACUCGUUGUUAGGACAUGUCGGGUGCAAAGUUUAUCAAGUUAGUUGACAAAAAUUGCACCCCACUAGUCCUUUAUGCGCCAAGACCCAUCGGCCAAACGGUUCUGGAUUUUCACAAGAGUUUUUUUUUUUAAAGAUGAUGUCAAUGUAUGAUGAAACUUGAAAGUAGCAGUAGGAUGUUUACAGCAGCCUACAUCACUCGCUGGGGAGGGUUCGAUAGUAUUUAUUUUUAAUGAAUGGAGGAUAAGAAAAUACUGUUAACUGUAAGCAAAUGUGAAUAAAAGUAUAUAAACUUG